GUUUAAUGGCGGUGAAUUUGUUUUGUUUCUCUAUUAUUAAUCUCAUAAUUCGUAUCUAACAUACAACGGACCUGAACAGUAUCGAUCAAAUAGGCAAAUAUCAAUUGUUUGGUUGUACCAAACAAAUUAACAUCGUCACCUUAGUCUCUUUAUAGGAAUUUUAUUCUUUAAUAAUAUUUAUUUGAUAUUUCUAAUAUGACAGAACUAGGAAAGGUACCGGGCUAUAUGGCUCAGCUAUUGGAAGAACUCGGCUGGAAUCAAGGAACAAGAAUUCCUUUAGCGGAUCCUGAUAAUCAAAAUUUGGAAACAUUGCUUAUUAGUAGACAAAAUGAAAUACAAAAACUGAAGGAGGCUCUUAUUCUGCAAAAACAAAAACGUGAGGAUCUUAAUAAAUAUAAGGAUUAUGUCCAUUCUGAAUAUCAAGAGAAUAGUAGACUUCUUUUUGCACACAAGCAACAGCUUGAACAAGAGGUGAAGUUAAAACAAUUAUCAUGCAAUGAAGCUGAUCGCCUUGAUAGGGAUAUUGUUGAUAGCAAUAAACAGAGCAAAGAAAUUAAUGAGCGCAUUAAUAGACUUCAAGUCAAUAUUGCACGGCUCUUGAAGAAGGCAGACUCUCUUAAAAGUGAAGUAUGCGGCGAAUGUGGCGCCUUACAAGAGUGGCGUGCAGCUCUCGAAAGGAAUGCUGGAGAUAUUACGGCUAUAGAACAAUUCACAAAACAAGACCUUUCUAAAGCUAAGGCAUUGGAGACCAAGAGACAAAAAUUGAAAGUGGAACAUGAUCGUAUGCACGAUAGACUCAAUCAGCUGGUUUCUAAUCUUAGCGCUGAGGAAAGGGCUUGUGAGAGGAUAUCUGUGCAGGUGAUGGAAGGCAUGGAACAAAGGAAGCAGAUGAUGACCAUGUGGACCAAUGCCGUUGAGAAUUUGAGGCAGCGCGACACUGACAUUAGACAUAUUAGAGAGGAUUAUGCCGUGUUAGAAGCAGAAGCUAAUAACAUCGCGGAGCAGUGUCGCGAGCAACAAACGUUUUGCGACCAACAGCAGGGCAACAAUGCAGACGCACAGCGCGACAACAUGGCGCUUGCGCAGCAAUUGAGCAACGUCCGGAUGGCCUUCCAACAGCUCAGUGAUCAUAAUAUGACUUUAGACAGUGACGUGCAUUGCCUACAACGGGAGCUUAGUAACAUGCGGGGCAUAUCAGAGAAGCUUCACAUGGAAAACCGGCAGAUUAUGGAGGAACAACAUCGAAAGGAUAUAUUACUUCAAACAAUUGUAAACAAGAUAAGAGAAUUAAAAGAAAAGUUGACGGAUUCACUAGAUAGAUCCAAGUCAUCUGAAAAAAGGGCUAAAGAACUAGAGGAUAUGUUGAAUGAAGAGGAGCGUUACGCGAGUCAAUUGACUGUGAACCAGCAACGGGCGAUGCAUUGCUCCUUUGUCGAACAACAGAAACUGCUUGCUCUUAAGAAUGAAGAAAAACUAUUUCACAUGCAACUCAAAGCUUCGAAGGCAAUAAUAUGUAAAUUGGACACGAAACAACGCAGCGUACAAAGAAAUUUGCAGAGUCAAAAGGAGUCACUAUAUGCUAUUUGUUAUCAAGUAGAGACUAUAGGAUCUCGCGUGGCACACAUGGAAGGGGCACAGGCGGAGCGUGAAUGUUCCGCGGAGUUAGUGGAAAGAGAGAACAGGUUGAAAGAGGUAUGUGCCCGUCACGCGACGCGCGUGGCUCUACUGGAACGGCACUCGGCGCGCUUGCUCGACGACAUGCGCCGCCUCACGCGUGACCUCGAACACAGGAGCGCCCACCAUGCCAAGUUGCAAAGUCGGCUGAAGUCAUCUAUGCUGAACGUGGAUGGUGGCGACAAGGAUUUGCGUGCAUCCCGCGACGUGUGGCGGCGGGCGCGCGUCGAGGAGGCUCUGAUGCGACUGCGGGUCGCGCAAGCGGAACGAGCGCUCGCCGGCCUCGACGAUGCUGCCUUCACGCUCGACAAGCAGCGGCUGCAGCUCGACGCGGCAAUGAACGAGCGGCUAGUGGAGAUAGCCGCGCGACGAGACAUGUUCAAUGUUCAAAAGCGAGCCCUGCUCGAGGACUGCGGCAAGCUGCGCAGCGAGAUAAAAGAGCGCGAGCAACGCAUAGAACAGCUCAAGAAGAGGUAUGACAUAUUUAUAGGAUCACUCGGCAAAGACGAAUGUGGACAACAGCUUUCGGUGACAUUCUUUAAAAUAAAGUUCGCAGCGGAUCGUGCGGAGCUGCGCGCGCGCGGCGCGGCGCUGGACGCGGAGCUGUCGCGGCGCGCGCGCGAGCUGGCCGCGCUCGAGCACGUGCUGCGCCUCGUGCACGCCGCGCACGCGCACUUCGCGCACGGCCUCGCGCCCCUGCCCGACCACACACCCGAAAUAGAGGAGCUGAAUGGUCUGACAAAACAAUACUAUGAAAUGCGCGAUGAGCUCAAGGGAUUGCACGCGGAGAUAGCGGCGCUAGAGCAGGCGGUCAGCGACACCGCCUCCCGCCUCACCUUGCUCUCCGAUAAAUGCAAGCAACUUACGGCCAGAGAAGUGGAGACUGAAAACGAGCUAGAGAACGCAAGAGAGCGUAUGUUGCGACAGGAGAGCAGGCUUCAUAACGCGCGAGAGGUCGUCAGGCUCAACGCCAAGCGGGCGCAGAAACUCGUCGAGGGAGUCGACGACUGGAGAACCUUUCAAAUGGCGCUGUGGGUGCGCGACUACGCGGAAGCAGCGCAAACGGCUCUACAGACUCUGGGCGAGCUGUGUUCAGCCACGAACCAGCAGUACUCGCGCUUAGCGGCGCUAUUCGCUUCCACCGACUUGCAGCGACACCUGUCCCCGCAUCAACGUCGUCUAAACCUGUUUAUAAAACGAAUUUUAUCAGACACAGCAACAACUACUCCUUCUAAAGAGGCCGGAGUUGAAUUGGAAGAGUCAAUUUUCUCGUCAUCGACCGAGUCGACGAAGAGCGGCGUGAGUAUCGCCAGCGGGUACACGAAACGUAUCUCCUCAUUUCGAAGAAGCCUCGCUCCUAAGGUGCAAGAAAGUGUUCUGAUUGAUGAUAUUCGUGAACAAGCUCGAAGGUCGACAGUGUCGUUGCGUGUAGUGACCCUCGGCAUGGAAGAUUCCUCGUUUAUGAUGGGAUCCAGUACCAGUACCAGUACCAAAUCACGCAAGUCACUGCGAUGAUCGUUUAUGGAAAUGGAUACGUGUUUGAAAAUUUUUAUGAUCUAUUAUUUGUAUGAGUAUUAUUUGAUCCGAGUAUGUAAAGCGGAUUUUUAAAUUGUCAUAAAAACCUUAUUGGGGACGGUGAAUAUUUAUGAUAUGUAUUUAUAAAUAUUUUUAAAUAUCUAUUUGAUAAAGUAAUCUGAAAAUAGAUACUUCAGUCCUUAAAACCUCGAUCUCUAAAAUCAAACCUAGUCAUGUUAUAAACCAAAUUUAUUCGAAACUGUCAGUCUUUUAAGUAGGUACAUAGUGUUAAAUAAUGUACAUAAUUUUUUUAAGGGAUUAUAGGUAUUGCCGCGUGGAUUUUACACUUUUAUACACACACAAUUUUGGAAAAAUAUUCUUAUCAUUUCACAAGUCAGCUAAUUCAAUAAGUUACUUACAGAGUACUUUGAUUAUGCUCGACUAAUAAAAAUGUAUAUUUGGUAUGGACGUAUUGUGGAAUAAUUGUUUGUAUAUGAAGUACUAUCGCUUCUUCAUGUUUUUUUUUUAUAUAACUUAGAAUGGCAAACAAGCUGACGGCCCACCUCAUGGAAAGUGGUAACCGUCGCCUAUAGACAUGAGCAGUACCAUGGGCAUAACAGAUUAUACUGUUUCGCCCAUGAUAACCCCCAUGCGUUGCCAUUCCUGAGGACUCGGGUGUUAUUUCUCUGUAGCCAUUAAAUUUACGGCAUAUCCCACCCUUCAAACCGAAACACAGCAAACAACUGCUUCACUGUUUAAACACGAAUGGGACAGAGGUACCCAAGCAAUCGACUUUUGUACAAAGUCUCUCUCUGGUGCUUAGUUUGGUGAUUAGUUUGUUAUAUUAAAUUCAAUAUUAUGGUUAAGUUGGUACUUGUCGAAACUAUAAUCAUUGACAUUGUUAUAGGUAUUUUAAAUGUAAACCGUAUUAUUCACUUCUUGAUUAAAUUUUUUAUAAUCUUUCAUUGUGAACGUACCGAACGCUUUUCUUAAACAAGGUUCUCAAUUUGACAGGUAUUUUUUUUUUAGUUUGUAGUGCGCUAUCUUACUGAAAUUUUAGCCGAUUUAGAUAAUUCUCUUUUUGUAAAAUAUUAAUUUUGCCAUGAUUACGGUCACUUUUUGCAACUAAAAAUUUUAAAUUAUAAUACCACCUAUAUUUAAAUUCUAGUCAAUUUAAAGCAAAAUUUAUAUCUAUCUAACAUUGGUGUUUUAUUACUUUAAUAUAUAGUAAAAAAUACAUCUGCUCACAUGCGUAUCAAAUAAAAAAUGCCUUUAUUCACUUAGCGAAACAAAUUUUUAGUAGAAUACUUAGUAGUCCAUAGUGCGAAGUAUAGAUUUACAUAGAUAAUAUUAUUUGUUGGUAUUCUUUUAACACUUCUAUAAUGAUGAGACAUUGAGGAGAAAAAAAAAACUAUACAAUGCUAUUUUAUUAAUUUAUUACAACAUUUUAAAACGUCUGUAUUCCACUGUGUACAGUUUGUCAUUUUAUUAAAAUUAUAACAAAACGUGGAAAAAAUUGGCAAGAACAUAAGAUUUUAUACAUAAUACAAUUUUAUAAGGUGGGAUGCAAUGAAUGGAGUUAUUGUCGAAUGUACUUAAGUAUUAAAUUGCAAGUUUCGCAAAUAAUUUACAACAUUAUAAAUUGUUAUCAAUAAAUCCCUAUUUGCGCAGGUACUCACUACACAAGCUGUCUAAUCUUCUACUAAUGCUAGAAUAGAAAGUUUAUACUAAGUAGGUAAUUAAGUAAGUACAUUCUGUGCAUACCUACUGUUAGAUUUAUACGAAUCGCUUGCACAAAUAGUAACUAGGUAUAUUGACUUGCAAUACUAAUGCAUACUCAUAUUUCCUACUACAUAUUCUAUCACAAGUCUACAAAUAUGAAAUGCUGAAGGCACGAGGACUUUGAAAUCAAUGGUUGACAGUCAAGUUCAGCCUUACAUUAAUAUACAUGUAGAUUACUAGGUAUUUCAAAGUUUUAUUGUAAUCAAUACGUACGAAAGCUACCACAUUUUGACAUUAUUGUAACAGCCUUUAUGAUAAAUCCAAAUAAAUGGAAACGAUUUCGAAAACAGGUUAACGUCCUUAGAAAUUUAUAACAAAAAAUAUUCCUUUAGGUAAUAAGCCGAUUAUAAAAUCGCUUUAAUAUUGUAAUAUUUGAUAGCUCUAUACAGUGAUAAGUGAGAUCAAGAGUCCUCCCUACUUCGAAUAUGGUUUCCUGUAAUAUUAAGUAAAAUACUUGCACAUUUGUACCUACAGACAUUAACCCUGUCAAAUCUAAACAAAUUAACAAAAUCCAUAAAAAUAAUAAUGAUUGAUAAUAUAAAAAUGUAAAAAAUUUGGUCACAAAAAAAAAAACGCACUGACAUAAUGGUUAAUAAUGAUGUGUCUUUUAUUCACUACAGAUAUCUAAGGGACUACUGACCUGUUUUUAAAAGCCUGCGCAGUCGAAAACAAUCCUUAGCGUACACAUUAUUGGACUACAUGUCAUAACAUACAUUUGUCCAUGUAAGUAUGGUACCUACUGUGGACAUAAAAGAGAGAUUUUAUUCUCCGAAAAAUGAUCACACAGGCUUUACAUUUAUUCAUUAAUCCUAUAACCACGGACGAGAAAGUAAGGAUCUUAGACCUCUGAAUACACAAGUGAAGUAAUUACACAUCAAUCAUCACAUAUCUUAAAAAAAGGGCAUAGAUAAUAAGAUUUAAGGGUCGACAAUGCAAGCGUGACA